GCUGAGUGGGUGACGUCAGACCAGAAGACAGGAACACAAACGACAGAGAGAUGUGGAGUUUGGUGGAGCUGAGCGAAUGCUUUCGCUCAGCAUUUAAUGAAUAAACAGACAGAAAAUAAACGUUUGUAACAAAACACAAAAAACAGGACACGGCACUUGCGCCAAAAUAAACAGGUAAACAAAACGGACUAGACAGUAAACAGACAGUGCACAGACAGACAAACGAAACACGUUGCAGAUGAGAAUUAAACAUGGAUGUACUCUAUUUGCAUAUAACAGCUCUUCUGCUGUUGUUCGUUUUAAGAGGAUUCUGUGAGCAGAAGAUCAUUGGGGGGUAUGAGGUAACUCCCUACUCUAUCAAAUACCAGGCUUCCAUCCAGUUCCGAUCCUCACAUUACUGUGGUGGGACCCUGAUUCACCCCCAGUGGGUCCUGUCUGCAGCCCACUGUCUGCGGCCGGCCAAAUACCUCAGUGUGGUUCUAAGUGAACACUCUUUGGCAGAGAAUGAGGGCUUUGAGCAGGUGAUCAAUGUUUCUAGAGCUAUUGUUUAUAACUACUACAACCCAUCCACAUUCAACGGUGACAUCAUGCUGCUGAAGCUUGAACAGUCAGCUCAUCUUAAUGCCUAUGUUCAAACAGCCCCCCUUCCCGAGUAUUACAGUUCCAUCCCUCUAGGCACUGUGUGCACAGUGAGUGGAUGGGGGGUGACCUACGUCUACAGCUACACCCUGUCUGAUGACCUCCGAGCAGUCCAGGUCCCUGUGAUCUCUCCUAGCACCUGUAAUAUCAUGUACUUUGGGAAAAUCACAGAUAACAUGGUCUGUGCUGGAUCGUACACUGGAGGAAAAGACUCAUGUCAAGGGGACUCUGGGGGACCGUUGAUCUGCGAUGGUGUAAUUCAAGGCAUUGUUUCCUGGGGAAUAAGCUGUGCCAAUGCACGCUUCCCUGGGGUUUACACAAAGGUGGCCAACUAUGUGCCAUGGAUACAACUAGUAAUAGCAAACUACUGAGCAAGAGCGCCUGGUCCCAACAGCACCUGUGUGACGUCACAUUGCAGAGCUAAUUAGAGUGUUUUGAAUAUUUCUUACAAUGUAAUCGCAAUCAUGUACACAACCCUCCCAGCUGACACAUGAAGACAGCAGCAUUACUGGCUCCCCACUCAAACCACUUGCUUAUUUAACGCAGUCUCCCUGAACAGAUAAAUGUCUUCUGAUGAAUGUACAUGUAAAUCAGGAAUGUUAAUAACUCAAUGCAGAAAGACUGGGCAGGACCUUUGUCCUGUUCUGGACAGUCUCCAUUGCAUGAGCCCAUUUCUCAAUGAAGAGCAAAGGCAGCCAGUAGUUCUGCAAUAUUCAUCAGUCUGAAUUGAGGGAAUGUUGUAUACAUAUGAUGAAAGUGUAUCAUAAUACUAUCAUUUUUGGGGUGGACAUUUAAAGGACAUUACUACUUGAAGAACUAGACAUGCAUAGGCUAUUACAUGAAUAUGUUAUUCUCAAUAGAUACAAGUCAGAUUCUCCUCGUACAUUUGACAUAUUUCACCAAGCGAAGCGAGCUGCCACAUUUACAUGCACAUGAAGAUUAGAAAGGAAAUACUGUAGAGCACUUUAGCCUCCCAGCCUAGCAGCUUCAUAAGUAUCAAUUCCAUAGAAUAGAACAUAUAUACAUCAACUCAAUAGAAUAAGGAGAAUGCGUCUCUUAAGGGCAUUUUUGUGUUAAGUAAGUAAAGGGCCAAGAUUGGUAAUAUUUUAAUGGGUUGGAUUAUUUAGAUACAUCUAUAACCCAUCUGCAGGCAGUCGCCAUUGUUAAUCCCAGAACAGUGCCCUCUAGUGGUACACACAAUUCUGCAGUAUUCAGGAACCUGACUUCCCUCAUAGAGGUUUAGCAGGGUAUAGCAUGGCUUUCCCAUGGGUAAUCAUGUUAUCUGUUCUUUUCCACAGUCCCCACUGAUUACACAUGCUAUCCUGUGUGUUACCGUGUCUUCAUUAUGCUUCACUACACUUUGCUGUGCUUUAAUCACUCUUGUAAGGGCUGAACUGAACACUCAUUGCUGUAAAUGUGUUUCCAGUUUGGUAGACAUGUUCCAUUAGUGGUUCCACUGUGAUGUGCUUAUGGGGCCCCUAUGAGAUGUUGCAAGUUGAAAAUGUUUUGGCUUAAACUUGAUGUCCAACAGAUGUUGAUGCCCAACAGAUAUCUGUAAAGUCCCACUGAUAAGAGCCAUUAGAUGGAUGUUAACUUCUUAAUUCUUCUCUACAGAUUUGAUUCAGAAUGUAUGGCUCUGUAUAAUGUAUGUAUAAUCAGCUGCUCAGUCUCGCAACAAUUGUAUUGAUCUGAUUGGCUAUAGUUGACCAAUGGUGUUUGGAAAACAUUUCUUCAAAUAUAAACCUGUGGGAAGUGGUGAAAAUAAUCAAUACAUAGUCAUAUUAAAAGUGUACCUUUUACCUUUGUU